GAAGAAGGAGGUGUAGUGACUUCCGGUUUUGUAUCCGGGACACGGGGGAGACAACAUGGCGAACACCGGCAUGACCGCGGAUGGAGGAGAUAUGAUGCGAUAUGCGGAAUAUUCUUCUAAAUCAAAGGCCAACAGCGACGCGGAGAUCGACAGGGGCCUCGGAGGGACUCUGGUCGCAGUCGGUCUCGGCGUGGCUGCUGCGGCGUUUGCAGGCCGCUAUGCGUUCCAGCUGUGGAAACCUCUGGGACAAGUGUUCUCCGAGACCGUCAAGAAGAUGCCCACGUCAGUGAGUGCUUUCUCGGCGUAUUACAAAGGAGGUUUUGAGCAGAAGAUGUCCAAGCGAGAGGCCAGCCUCAUUCUCGGCAUAAGCCCAGCCACCACCAAGCCCAAGGUGCGUGACGCCCACCGGAGGAUCAUGGUCCUGAACCAUCCAGAUAAAGGUGGAUCGCCAUAUCUCGCUGCCAAGAUCAACGAGGCCAAAGACUUUUUGGACAAGGAGAGCCGGCGAUGACCUUUCAUUGGAAACACUUGAAAGACUUUGAACACUCACAGUGCAAAAUCUUCUCAGCACUGUAUCACUGCUCCAUCAACAUCAACACCUCACCUGGACGACCUGGGAGAUGAAAAGCAAAAAUACUACUAAUAUGACAGCAUCCGUUAGUUACAAGCUGGUUACAUAAUUCAUCUUGAACUGUUUUUUUUUUUAAACUUGAAAAGAUAUAGAUAUGGAUGUCAACCAAGAGUUGAUGGCAUGUGUUCUGUUAUACAGCCAAGACAAAUAAGUGCUACUUGGUGUACAUACUAUGAGUAUGUAACGUAUUGCAUAAAGAUGUAAUCUGUGUAAUUACAAUAAUACAUUUUAAUGUUUGUCACGGAGAACCUGGUGAAAACAGAUUUUAUGUAAAUAAACAUUCUUUCUUUUAUGUUAUUAAAUGUGGAAAAAUCAA